AUGGCUUUUGAUUUUAAUAAAUGGAAUAAGCACUUUUCUGAAUAUAGUUAUGUUGAAAAAUAUAAAUUCAGUGAUAAUGAUAUUAAGUUAUAUAAUUCUAUAACACCUUCAUUUAAGAAAGAUAUUAACAAAUUUAUAUUUUUAAAUCGUUGGUAUAAUCAUAUAUCAUCUUUAGAAGAAUUUUCAAAAACUAUUAAUCCAUUGAAAUCACAUGAAAAUUUAAAUAUGUCUACUGAUAUUGAAGAUCUUCCACAAUUGCUUUUGAAUUAUUUAUCUAUUAAUGAUUCAUUUGAUUCUUUAUUAUUUGCUUCUUCAAAAGGAUUAGAACAUCAAAAAGUAAUUGGUGCAGUAAAAUCACUACUUUCCAAUGAAGGGAUUAUUUCUACAAAAGAUGAAGCAGUAACUAAUUAUGAAUUAACAGAAGAAGGGCAAACAAUUGCUACAGAGGGAUCACAUGAAUAUAGAGUAUGGCAAAUGAUAGGAGAAUCAGGUAUAUCUCAAGCUGAAGUUAUGAAAUUGCCUUUUGGAAAACUUGGACAAGCUAAAGCUAUGCAAAAUAAAUGGAUUUCUAUUGACAAAAGUGGAGGAGAAGUAAAAUUAGUACGUAAAGUUAAUGACUUAAGUGAAGAUCCUGUUAAAGUAGAAUUAAAAACAUGUAUCAGUGAUGCUUCUAAAUUGUCACCUAAUGCUAUUAAAGAACUAAAAAAAAGAAAACUUUUAACAGAAGUUACUACAAAAAAGGUAAUUGUUUCUAAAGGACCAUCUUUUACAACAUGUCUUGUAAAACAUGAAGCAGAUUUGACACCUGAAUUAAUUCAAUCAGGAGAAUGGGCAACAAAACAAUUUAAAAAGUAUAAUUUUGAUGCUCUUGGUAUACCACCAAAAUCAGGACAUCUUCAUCCAUUACUAAAAGUUAGAUCAGAAUUUAGAAAUAUAUUUUUACAAAUGGGUUUUGAAGAAAUGGAUACUGCAAGAUGGGUUGAAAGUUCAUUCUGGAAUUUUGAUGCUUUGUUCCAACCUCAACAACAUCCUGCUCGUGAUCAACAUGAUACAUUCUUUAUUGAGAAGCCUGAAAAAUCUACUGAAUUUCCUCCUGAUUAUUUAGAAAGAGUUAAAAAAGUUCACUCAGAAGGAGGUUAUGGAUCAUUUGGAUAUAAGUAUGAUUGGAAAAUAGAAGAAGCUCAAAAAAAUAUAAUGAGAACUCAUACAACAACAGUCAGUGCUAGAAAUUUAUAUAAAUUAGCACAAAAUGGUUUUAAGCCAUCAAAAUUCUUUAGUAUCGAUAGAGUUUUCAGAAAUGAGACAUUAGAUGCAACACAUUUAGCUGAAUUUUAUCAAGUUGAAGGUGUUAUCGCAGAAGAAGAUUUAUCUUUAGCUGGUUUAAUGGGUGUCAUCAGUACUUUCUUUAAAAAUAUUGGUAUGGAACAUUUGAAAUUUAAACCUGCUUAUAAUCCUUAUACAGAACCAUCAAUGGAAAUAUUUGCAUAUCAUGAAGGUUUAAAGAAAUGGGUUGAAAUUGGUAAUUCUGGAAUGUUUAGACCUGAAAUGCUUCGACCAAUGGGAUUACCAGAAAACGUUAAUGUAGCUGGUUUUGGUUUAUCUUUAGAAAGGCCUACAAUGAUAAAAUAUGGUUUAUCUAAUAUAAGAGAUCUUUUUGGACCAAAAAUUGAUUUACAAAUGAUUUAUAAAAACCCAAUUUGUCGUUUUGAUAAAGAUUAUAAAUUUAAAUUGGUUGAGAAAAAAGAUGUAGAAACUGUUGCUUAA